UUAUGAUUUGGGAAAGAAACGAAGUGCUCUUGGAGCAUGCCAUACAAACAAUACAGUAAUACACCCAGCAUGAGCAUGUGACAUGUGCAUCGAUAUUGGUGCCACACAUUGACCCAUCUCAAACCACUCCAUCUCCACCAGAUGAAAGCGUACUAGUACAAGUCCACAACAUCAAGUAGUUGUAAUAAAUCAAUGGCGGAGUAUGAAACAAUGACCACACACUCACACACCCACCACCACUCCAUCUCCAAAGACUCCCUUCUCCAAGCAAUCAACACCAUCAUCCAACUCCACUUCGAGAAAACCUUAGAAAAGAAACACUCCGUAGAUCUCCAGAAGAAACAACUCCACCACCACUUCCAGCUCUUCUUUCUCUUCCUCUCCUUAAUCUUCGUCGCCCUCGUGCAAUCCACGCGCCUGCAUUGUCGCCACGUGUGGAUCCCCAUCGGCCUCAUCUCACUGUCUCAUCUAAUGUUCUAUGUUGCGGUGGCGCAGACGCUGAGAUGUAUCAAUGGGUUCAAGUAUCAGCGGAGGUGUCAUAAGCUGACUCUGGGCUUGGCCACCGAGAGGUUAAGGCAAUUGAAGAUGAGAAGAAGCGAGGGAAACGAGGAGGAGGAGGAGGAUGUGGAGAUACAUUAUCAGGAACCACCGGAAAGUUAUUUUGGCAAGUUUAAGAGGAACUGGGCUUUGUAUUUUGGCUUCUUGAUUUUCAUUUAUGGCUUUAUGGUUUCCUCCUCUGUUGUAAUUCUUUGCUUUUGAUUGUGCCUUGUUAACUUAUAAUUAUAUUCCAUUCAUCUCUGCCUCUUUUCUUCA